AUGAAUUCACACAAUUGUCUUAAAAAUGAAAGUUAAAUUGAUGAAAAAUUUAGCUCACUAUAAUGCAUAGCCAUUACGUCCAUUCCUUAAGUAACUGUGCCUCGAAAUGACCUGCUAUUUCAUUUAUUCUUCUUACUGUAGUCGCUGAAAGUGGGAUGUUUUCAACCUUUUUUACUGCAGCCUCUCUGAAACGUUUGCUGCAGAUGUCCUUUGUUGCAGGCAAAAUCAGUUCUUCCCCAAUAGUAGAAAGCUUCUUAACUUUACCAAUGCGAUCCAUGAUCAGGAAGUAUGCUUUUAGCGCGGACAUAUUUGUGCAAUUAGUGGACUUUCUUUCUGUCCUUCGUGUUCCCUUUUUCUUCUUUCAAAAUAUUGUAAGGGCUUUUCUUUCACUACUGGGUGUUUUGUCUCAAGGUGGCAGCGCAUUUUUUUAUGGUUUCAUGGCUUCAUUAGCAACUCGGUCACUACAUAGUACAAAGAGUGCAUGUGGGGAAUGUGAAUCACCUGUUGCAAUGAACCCAUAAGACAGAUGGGAAUUGAAGUGUAUUAUCGAUGUGUAUCUCUUUUUUGAUGCGUAUCUUUUGCUCACAUUGCUCACACAUGCCAAAUCAUCAGUUAACCUUACUGGAGAGACCGGGGCAUGGGAAUGUGCCAGUUAUUACCAGGUUGGUCAUUAUGAUAAGGAUAGUUUGUGGUGCUCUUGUUUUAUGAUGCGGUUCUCUUUGUGAUGCGCUUUAUUUGUGAUGCUCUUUAUUUUCCUUUUAUGCGUUUGUGAUGCGGACCCUGCUGAAUAUUGGGGGAAUGCUGUAGGUCCUCUGUAGCUUUGCACUUCUGAUCUGCUACAGCCAUUGUCUGUCACUCAUUUGUGUCCAGAAUAUUCUGAAGACUCAGUGAUACUUGGCGAGUGAUGGUCCCCGGUGCGACAUUGACCAAUGAGAGCAUGUGUGGAUUUAUCUCAGUAUAGUGACCCCGACGUGAUGCAAGAGAGGUAAAAGAAGUCCGGGACUUCGAGGAAAAACCACAAGAGUCUUAGACUCGGGUCAGGGACCCACGUCCACACCAGGUGACGACCUGACAAAGGAGCCACGUGUCUGACCGUCUUUCCUCUUGGGCCCACAGUGAAACAAGAUGCCAUGGUGGUAUUUGCUGAUUGGAAGACCAUCAUCGGAGAGGCGCCAUGGCCAGACCAGGGAAGACCGAGGGCCCAAGAGGUGGCAGUGUCGUCUGCUGGGUCACGUGUAUCCUUGUCCUUGGUGCCAUCGUCCAACUCUGCUGCGCAAUGACGGAAGGUGACAAAUUGGAGCAGGUCCAGUGGCUCCGCAUAAGAUGGAAAAGCAGUACCCGGGACCGUACUCAAGGAGGCUACACCUGUCCAGCUUACCAAACUUGCGACGUGGUAAAUGUCACCAGCAAUUGUCAGAUGUGGAAGUGCAAAAGGUGCCUUGGAGGAAAGGACAUUCCGGUGGUGGAACAAGGAUGCAACUUAACCGUUACUUCAGUAGUCCCCAUGUGCCACUACAACAGGACGACCGAGACCUGCAAUGAGCACAACUGGACGAGGUGGACAAUUACCGUAAAAGAAACUCUGUUUUUUUUAACAGCGCUGAAAUCUCGGGACGGAACACACUUUUGUAUGUAAUAUGGGUGUUACCUGGGAAACCUAAUGCUAUAAGAACACACAUAGCACCAGUAUUAGAUACCUGUACACACAUGGCACAAGCCAGGGUUAAAACCCGAGUGUACUGGGAAAUAAAAUUCCCCGAUAUACCACACUGUACACGAAGACGUAGAGCUUGGUAUGAUACUCUCUUAGGAGGAACGGGAACACUGUUUGGUGUAGCUAAUUCUGCAGAUAACGAAGUAACCAGAACAAUGUUAUCUAACACAGGGCAACAUGCAUCAGAGGCUAUACAUCAGGUAGGGGUAUGGCUUCCAAAAGCUAUGAUAGGACAAUUGGAAAACACAGAUGUUUGGAAAAAGGCAUUUACCUGGGAGUUAAAAUUAUGGAAUGAAACAUAUGAUGCGUUAAAGAAUCUAUCACAUAGAGGUAAUUGGACAACCUGUGCAUUGCAAAUGAUUCAUGCGGAAGCUCAAAAAGAGCGAUUCCAGAGAAUAAUGACAACGGAAAAUUAUCACGAAUGGAGACGGGUUUGGAAUAUUAGUAGCAAACUUUGGUUACAGUUACACUCGGAGCGAACAAAAUGCAACAGUACAUAUUGUGCUGGGUAUUGGACUCAGUACAAUGUGUCUACUGUUAAAAUGAUAUGUAAGUAUCAAGUAUUACCGGUGAUUACUACCACGGGAUUUUGGUUUCUACAUCUGGAUGGAGAGUGGAUGGAUGUGGGAACAAAUACGACUUAUGAUCUGAAAAUGUGUGACGAAACAGACAGAGGAAUGGCGUGUACAUUACAACAGGGACACAGCAAUCCAUGUUUAACCGACUCAGAGGCUGUACUUUGUGAUUGGACGAGGGAGCCACGAAGGGAGAUGUUGUGGCAAAUCGGACCACAUGCUCUAUGUGUGGCAACAAUGCAAAAUAAUUCACAAGUACCAUCGGUUCCGUUCGUUGGUUGCUUAUAUAAUGUGCACCUUGGCAUUGGGGAAACCAGACGUAUCGUUUGACGAAUUACUCUGUGUCUAAUCGGCUGACACAAGUACAAUGGGAUGUACUAAAGAAUCCCUGGAACCUCUCACUGGAGCGUUUCAAAUGCGCAUUGGAACAAUCCACUGAAGUUCAGAAAAUUAUACAGUCACAUACGUCUAACAUCUCCAAGCUCAUGGUGUCCACAUUAGUAGCCAGCGGACGGGUACAACAUGCUGCUAAAAUAGUACAACAGUCCUCAGCCCAUCACUGGUGGGACAUCUUUUCAGGGAUGUCAGUCACUGCUAGGAGGACUUUGGUGCCCCCUCUGAUUCUGUUGGUUAUUAUAAUAAUAUUGCUAUCACUAUGUAAUCUGCUAACGUGUAUCUACGUAAGACGUAUCCGAGCUGAAGUGGAGUGGGUGAUUAUGCAACGCAUGAGAUGAUUGUACGCCUUGAGAAAAGUAAUGGACACUUCGGUGUCGAGAACUACACUGUUAAGUUGGUGCCUCACCCCACUCAUAUAUACAUUUAUGCUAGAUGUUUAUCACAUCAAUAUAUUCACAGAAACCUAACGUUGCGGGAAUUAUGGUCCAUAUUCUUUCAUGACAUCAUGAAUCACACUGGAAAUGGAAUAGUGUUACCAUCGACGUUUGACGGGUAUAUCAACUAAUAUGUGAAGCCUCAAGAGUGGAAUGAAAGGAGUGUUAAUUAGUGAUGCUUCCUAUAACCGUCGAAUACCAGAAUGUAUUGUGCAACCAUGGUUAUAUAAAUUGUUUUUCACGCACCUGUUUUUAUAUCUCACUUGUUUUUCUGGUCAAGACGUCUUGACCGUUUCACUCUCACUUGUUUUUCGCAUACUAUCUUGUUCAAAGACGAACCUUGUUGUGGGAUAUCUUGACUGUUAUGUUUCUCAGAGCCUGAAGGACACACUUAGGUGUCAAUAGUAAAUUGGCUACAACUGUUGCGGCGCCAGGUGGGACGGGUAGGCCACCCGCCCUUUCUCUCGCACGCAACUGAAAAGUAUAAUAGAGAGAUGCAGAUUACAAACAGGUAGAGUCUGCUGCGGGUUUCGUACGGAUGCCCAGCUGGUUGACAAAGCGGACCUCUACCUGGAUGACUGGCUCUCCACCUACUCGGCAUA